AGAUUUGGUGAAAUAUGGAUUCAUUUAGAACAGCUUGCUUAUCAUCCGCAAGCCUAGAUGAUCUGAUUGCGCGCUUCCGCGUACUUGACGAAGCCCGACAAGGUCUGGUCAGUGCGGCCGUCGCAGAAGGGCACUACUGUAAAUCGGGGGACGAGAGUUACCCGCAGGUUGUUGAAAGGCCAAAAACAUGUCAAAAUCGGUCGACUAAUUCGUCUGUAGUAAAAUCAUUCGGAAAAAAGAAGCCUUACUCACAAGUUCUUCGAAACUCAAUGCCGGAAAAUAGUGGAAGGAAGAAAGUAAAACCGCGUGCGACUACAAGAGAGGAUCACAGCCGUUCGGAUGUUUGUGGAUUAUUUAGCCCAACGUCCCCGAAGAAAAAGCUUACUCAGCAUGACUCAUCUGCCGACAUCCCUGUUUGUGUUUCGAAACCCAAGAGGAAUGGAAUUCGAACUAAAUCUGCCAAUCAAGCAUUUUAUAAUCAAGAAUUUUUAUGA